GUGGAUGUACUGGUCAGCCUAGUAACUGGUUCCUCUUCUCCCUGCUCUCGGUCCCUAGCACAGUGUCCUGAUGGAGCUUUCUUACCAGACUCUCAAAUUCACGCAUCAGGCGCGGGAAGCGUGCGAGAUGAGGACAGAAGCACGACGGAAAACUCUUCUUAUCUUGAUUUUGCAUUACCUCACCCGAGAAGGAUAUAUUGAUGCAGCCAAUGCUUUGGAGCAAGAAACUAAACUGGGGUUACGACGCUUUGAAGUUUGUGACAACGUUGAUCUUGAAACUAUUUUGAUGGAAUAUGAGAGCUAUUAUUUUGUAAAAUUUCAGAAAUACCCCAAAAUUGUCAAAAAGGCAUCAGACACAGCAGAAAAUAAUUUACCACAAAGAAGUGGAGGGAAGACCAGAAGAGUGAUGAGCGACGGUUGUCAAAAUCUUCCCAAGAUCAGCCAGCAGAGGCCACGGUCCAAAACCACAGUGGGGAAGCCAGAGGGCACCAAGCCCCUCCACAGGGAGCAUCCUAAACAGGAGCUUGUCAAUCACACUCAUAAGGAGAGUGCUGACUUUGGCUUAAGUAUAUCUGGAAUCAACAAAGGCAGUGGAGAAGAAAACAUCCGCCCACCAAAAGGCCAAAUCAUUGACUUCCGAGGGCUCCUCACAGAUGCCAUAAAAGGAGCAACCAGCGAACUUGGCUUGAACAGCUUCGACUGUAACCCAGACCCUUCAGAACGAUUGUUGAAACCUCUGAGUGCAUUUAUUGGCAUGAACAGUGAGAUGCGAGAAUUGGCAGCCGUGGUGAGCCGGGACAUUUAUCUCCAUAAUCCAAACAUAAAGUGGAAUGACAUUAUUGGACUCGAUGCAGCCAAGCAGUUAGUCAAAGAAGCUGUUGUGUAUCCUAUAAGGUACCCACAGCUGUUUACAGGAAUCCUUUCCCCCUGGAAAGGACUGCUGCUCUACGGACCUCCAGGUACAGGAAAGACUUUGCUGGCCAAAGCUGUGGCUACGGAAUGCAAAACAACCUUCUUUAAUAUUUCUGCAUCUACCAUCGUAAGCAAAUGGAGAGGGGAUUCAGAAAAACUUGUUCGGGUGUUAUUUGAACUUGCCCGCUAUCACGCCCCCUCCACCAUCUUCCUGGACGAGCUGGAGUCAGUGAUGAGUCAGAGAGGCACGGCUCCUGGGGGAGAGCACGAAGGAAGCCGGCGGAUGAAGACUGAGUUGCUGGUGCAGAUGGAUGGGCUGGCCCGCUCCGAGGAGCUCGUGUUUGUCUUAGCAGCCUCCAACCUGCCGUGCACUCUUGACAUUUGGCGCCAGAGAAUUCUUUGCUAUGGGGCCUCCUGUGCGCUGGGCCAUGCUGAGCAGCAUCCUUGGUCUCUCCCUGCUAGAUGCUGGUAGCAUCACCCCCAGUUGUGACCGCCAAAAUAGGUCUCCAGACAUUGCCAGAUGUUCCCAGGGAGGGGGGCAAAAUUACCCCCGGCUGAGGCUCACUGGACUGAUGGAAGGAAUGACAGACAUUAUUUAGAGACAGACUGUCACAUCCUCCACAAAUAAACUGUCAAGUUUUUUUUAAGAACUCCACAAAAUAACUGAACUUGGUUUACUUACAGAAAAGGCAGCAUAUUACAGAAAUUGUUCUGUAUUUUUAUUUUUUCCAUAACAAAAUGUUCUGGAGAUCUUUCCAAAUAAGUACAGAAAGUUCUCCCUCCUUCCCUUUGUAGCUGCGUGUGUUCCAUCUUCUUCAUAUGAUAAUCUACCCCAGUCACCUACUGAUGGGCAUUUGGGCUGUUGCUACUCUUUUGCUCUUACAAAUAAUGUUGCAAUGAGUAAUGGUGUGCAUAUAUCACUUUGCGUGUUUGCCAGUGUAUCUUUGGGGAAGGUUCCUGGAAGUAGAAUUGCUGGGUCAAAGGGUUAAUGUGCAUGAAAUUAUAGUAGAGAUUGCCAAAUUUCCCUCCAUAGAGGUUGUACAUUUUGUAUUCCCACCAGUGUCCUGCUUUCAUUACUUAACAUUAUAGUAAGAACAUUUCCAACGUCAUUAAAUAAUCCUUGAAAAUUGGAUUUUGUAAUGGCUGCCCAAAAUUCCCACGUGUGAAUAUACCACAAUUUAGUUAAUCAUUCCUUUCCUGUUGAACAUAAAUGAUGCUCCCAACUUUCUCUAUUAUAAAUAACACUGAAAUGAA